CCAUUAUUUGUUAUUAUUCGGUUGAAAUUAUUCGUAUUAUCAUGAAACGAGAAGAGGAAACCUUAACGAGAUGGAACAUUAUAUGGUGGUUGUUUAAAUUAUUUGGUCUUCCAAUCACCAUUCCCUGGCUGAUGUAUCAUUUCUAUGAUGCUAUGCAGCAAAAGCGCAAGAAAACGGCUCUUGGCAACAAGGUUGUGCUGAUAACUGGUGCCAGUUCUGGCUUGGGAGAAGCUCUGGCUCAUACAUUCUACAGUUUUGGUUGCAAAAUUAUCUUGGUAGCUCGCAGAAAAGAAGAGUUAGAGAGAGUAAAAAGUGAUUUAAUGAAUACUCAUCAAACAGUUCCCACUUAUCCACCUAUUGUUUUACCAUUAGAUUUAACUGAUAUUAAUAACUUGAAAAAUGAAAUAUCAAAAGCUAUAAUGGUACAUGGCAGAAUUGACAUUCUCAUUAAUAAUGCUGGUAUUUCAUAUAGAGGAGAGGUUAUUAAUACAAAUGUCGAUGUAGAUAUAAAAGUCAUGUUAACAAAUUAUUUCUCUCCGAUUGCAUUAAGCAAAAUUGUUCUUCCAUACAUGAUAAAGCAACAAUCUGGUCAUAUAAUAGCUAUAAGUAGUGUACAAGGGAGAAUCGCUAUUCCAUUUAGAUCUGCAUAUGCUGCAUCUAAGCAUGCAUUACAAGCUUGGUACGAUACCGCAAGAGCAGAGCUAUCCGACAAAAAUAUAAAAUUUACAGUUAUUAAUCCAGGAUAUAUUAAAACAUCUCUUUCUCUUAAUGCCUUGACAGGAAAUGGUCAAGUUUAUGGAAUAAUGGACAAAACAACCGAAAGUGGUUAUCAACCAAAAUAUGUAGCUGAAUGCGUUUUAAGAUCUGUAUUGAAGCAAGAAAAGGAAGUAACUAUUGCAUCGUUUUCUCCAAAGUGUGCUAUAAUACUUAGAACUUUGUUCCCUUCGCUCUAUUUCUGGAUUAUGGAAAAACGUGCGAGAAAAUUAAUACGAGAAAAAUAA